UGGGCGGAGCUGGGCCCUUCAUGACAGUGAACGCACCACAACCAAUGUGAGCUGCUGGCAUUUAACCGAGGCCGCCGCCCCCUUUCCCCUCCACUGUGUUGUCACGUCUCCUCUUUCUUCUUCGGGGGAAUGACUGCAACAGCUGCUUAUGUUUAGUUCAUCUUGUUGAAGUUUCGGACAAACCGGAGGCAUGCCGCUGGCUCGCAGCCUAUCUGUCACGUCCCUCUCAGGACUGGAGGAGUGGGACGAGGAGUUUGAUUUGGAGGAUGCUGUUCUUUUUGAAAUCGCCUGGGAGGUUGCUAACAAAGUUGGAGGCAUCUACACCGUCAUCCAGACCAAAGCCCGUCUGACCUCAGAGGAAUGGGGGGAGAACUAUUUCCUGGUCGGCCCUUACGUGGAAAGCAACGUGCGCACUCAGGUGGAGCUGAUCGAGCCCACCAACCCUGCGCUGAAGAGAACCAUUGACAAGAUGAACUCCAGUGGGUGUAAGGCGGAGAUAGAGGUAGAUUUGCACCUCGACUUCAACCUGGACAAGUGUUUGUUCCUCUUCAUCGCUGGAAGGUACGAGUUCUCCAACAAAGGAGCCGACAUCUUCUUGGAGGCUUUAGCCAGACUCAACUAUCUACUGAGAGUCAACCACAGCGAUGUGACCGUCAUCGCCUUCUUCAUCAUGCCAGCUCGGACAAACAACUUCAACGUGGAGACGUUAAAGGGCCAGGCAGUCAGGAAACAGCUCUGGGAUACUGCUCAGACUGUGAAGGAACGCUUCGGAAAGAAACUGUAUGACUCACUUCUGGUUGGGCAGCUGCCAGACAUAUCAAAGAUGCUGGACAAAGAGGAUUUCACCAUAAUGAAGCGUGCCAUCUUUGCGACCCAGAGACAGGGCCAGCCUCCGAUCUGCACUCAUAACAUGCUGGAGGACAGCAGCGACCCCAUCCUCAACUGUGUCCGCCGCAUCGGCCUUUUCAACAGCUCUGCUGACCGUGUCAAGAUCAUUUUCCAUCCAGAGUUCCUCUCGUCCACCUCUCCUUUACUUCCGAUGGAUUAUGAGGAGUUUGUGAGAGGCUGCCACCUCGGUGUCUUUCCCUCUUACUACGAGCCUUGGGGCUACACACCUGCUGAGUGCACAGUUAUGGGAAUUCCAUCGAUCUCAACUAACCUGUCAGGCUUUGGCUGUUUCAUGGAGGAGCACAUAGCAGACCCCUCAGCGUAUGGUAUUUACAUCCUUGACCGGCGGCUUCGGGCGGUCGAUGAGUCGUGUAACCAGCUCACCUCCUUCCUGUUCCAGUUCUGCAAGCAGAGUCGGCGCCAGCGGAUCAUCCAGAGGAACCGCACAGAGCGCCUGAGUGACCUCUUGGAUUGGAAAUACCUCGGCAGGUAUUAUGUUGCGGCUCGUCAUAUGGCCCUGGCUAAAGCCUUCCCUGACACUUACCUUUAUGAACCUCACGAGUCAACCCCAACCUCAGGCUUCCGCUACCCGAGACCUGCAUCCGUGCCGCCAUCUCCUUCUCUGUCCCGCCACUCCUCCCCGCACCACAGCGAGGCAGAGGACAACGAUGAAGACGAGCGCUACGACGAGGAUCUGGAGGCAGAGAAGGACCGCGUGAACAUCCGCCAGCCCUACACCCUGCCAUUCAAAAACAAGUCUUCUGCUGUCUAUGGGCCCAAUGGCGACAGCAAUGGUGUCUUGGAUGAGAAAAACUGAGACACACACUCACUCAUACAAAACAUGUUAAACCUCACCAAUAUAACGUAAUUACAGUCAUCAACUUACUCGCAGAUGUUAUAAAUGAGGAAAGCUGUAAAUGCGAGUGAUAAAUUUAAUAUUGGCUUGAUGUGAAAAGCUGUAUUUGUGUCAGUGUCUUCCCGAACUGUGCAUACCUCAAAAUUUUAAGAGUCUGUCAGUUUGAUUUGCUUUGGGUUUUUAUCUCAGUUACACCAGCAGUGAAAGCAGUGGUUUGCUUUGAGGAGUAAAUGCAACAGCUAGAAAAAAGUUAGUCAACAGCUCAACAUGGGGAAAAAAAAAGUCAGAAUUGCUGGAUUUUGUAGAUUACUAACACUGGAUAACACCGAUAGGUCGAAAACAUUUAAACAACGUACGAUUAUUAUGAGUCUCUGGAGGCGGGUUUUAAAUACAUGAGUGAAAGGAAAAACAGCAGAACUCCCCUUGGAAAGCAGGAACCAUUACUUUCCAGCUAAAAGACGGUGUCUGUUGUAGCCACAAAUAGCAGCCAUUCUUUUCACCCUUGUUCGGCUUAAAAGUUUGACGGUAAUUCAGUGCUUCAAACUCAACUGUUCACCUUUUAUAGUAGAAUAUUGUUCUGUCUUUGUAAUGCCUUGUUUACCACAAGACCUCCCACUAUGGAAACAAAAUGUAAAACACACACGAAACACAACAUUGCACGAAUAGUGUCGUGUGUGUGUGUUUUCCUCUUUAUUUCCGUGCCUUAUUGUAUCACCGCCUUUCAGUGACGACCUCACACUCCUGUGUAUGUCUGUGUGUGUGCUCUUAGCGGGGAUGGAUUCUCCCGGGUUCUCCUGUUUCUGAACGUAUUUAUUUGUGAAAAAAAAAAAGAGUUGAGACAGAGUAAAGCUGUGUCCUGUGGUGCCAGCCAUGUUUUCUUGUGAGAGACAUGAGACGAAUGGAGGAGCUUGAAUACGUAUUCACUGUUUGUUAUGGAAGAAGGAAAAUUGUUUUACCAGCAUACCCCCCCACUUCUUGUAACAGUUUUAUCAUUCACAACAUGCACCAGAAGAACUUCUAAUAAAGUUUGAAUAUAUA